AUGGCGAGCGAUUUUACUGGUGAUUUUCACCCGAUUUGGCAUCCGCAUUGCCAUCUUAAGCAAUAUCGCUGGUCACCCUCAUCCUCAUCGCCAGUGAGCUCGCUGAACACAAACAUCGGCAGCUCCUUGAGCGACAUCUAUCUCGUCGUUAACGAUAUCGGCACCUCCUCUGGCGAGGGCCUCGACUUCAUCAACGGCUACGCCUUCCUCGAGCGGCUCUACAAGUGGUUCUAUUCUGCGUUCGACACUGGCAACAACCGCGUUGGCUUCGCCGCGACUUCGUACACGGACGCGACGACCAACUAG